CCAAGGUUUGUGGUAUAAGACGAACCACGGCACCAGCAAUGCUCGAAUCUAGCCCUGGAUAUGCGCUCUUCACAGACCUUAGGAAGAAGAUGGGCAUGACCUCCUCGCAGCCUAUUCCAAGUCCCAGUCGCGUCGCAAACACCUCGAUGGUAGCUUCCCCCGCCACCAAGCGCAAGGCCCACUUUAACCCCAACAUGGAUGAUGUAGCCGCGUCGCAGCAGCUCAUGGACGAGGAAGACACACGCGCCGCCGCCGAUGGCACCAAUCGCGAAAACAUGACCCUCUCUCAGGUCAACGGCAGCCACGACCCCUCGUCGCUCAAACCAAAGAAGCGCAAGCGAAAAGGCGCGCACAAGUCUGGUCAGAAUAGUAUUGCGCUAUCUCCGGCUGCGACUCAGGACUUGCUAGCUCAGAGAGACGACUCUCCGUUUCCCUUCCCAGCGUCUCAACCGGAACCCGAACUUUCCACUACCAACGGCCUCAUGCGUUCGACUGCCAUCGAAGUGCCGGACUCGCAAGUUCCUGCACAGUUUCUGCAUACGUCCGCCGCGUCGCCCACUGCCAACCAUGUCAUUCCGUCCAGCAACAUCGUCCCGUCCAGCGCCACGAAAAGCAAACGCACAUACAAGCAGAGCAAGCGCACAAAACGGGAUCGACUCAGCCGCGACAACAUUCAGGAAGACGACUUUGACCACGAUAGAGACAUAAGCAUGCUCCUGGAAAAGGCACUAUCUCCUUCGCGCGCGCCGUCUAGACACAGGCCUUCACAAGGCGACGAUGCAGAAUCGGGAUCGCACAUGGAGUCGAAGGAUACACCAGAUUUGGAAAGCGGACAUUCGCGCAAAGCUGCGACUGAACCUGUAAACGGAACACCCACACCCAAGCGGCGGAAGAUUGGUAGCGCGAAAAGUGCGACUAGAGUAAGGGAUCUCAUCCAAGAUGGUCCUCACGACGGCAACGAUGAAGACGGCGACUUAUUACGGAGCACCGAGAAGACCAAACUGAAACGAAUCAAAAAGCCGCGAACCCCGAUCGCGAAGUCGAAGAACAUCUACGAGAUUCCCGACGAUGAUCCACGUCCCACGAAUGGUCACGGCGAGAACGGUGACGCCCGGGACAAAAACGCUAUGAAUACUGGAGUUGCGGAUGCCCUGCACAGCCCUGCACAGCCUGGAGGUGUUGGACAACUUAGUACUCCCAAGGUGGCUUCUACCCGUAAGCCGCCUACUGCUGUACGGACACCCGGGCAGCCAUUGGGCGACGACGAUGACGAAGACACUAUCAUGCGGGAGCCUAUUUCUAGCGACGAAGACGAUUCCCGCGACCCUCCACCCGACGACAGCAGUCGCGACGAAUUUGAGAAGAAGGAGAGAAAGAAGAAGAGACAAUCAACCACGAAGAAAGCUACGCCGCGGCGCGAGAGUGGCAAGUUCAGUUACAAGAGAAAAAAUGUUCAAACGGGUACCGCAGCGGAGAGGGCUCUAGCAGGCGUGGAUCAUACCGUGAACUAUCCCCCAGAUCUCCGGACGACCGGCGAUUUCACUGCGGAUGAAGAAGAGCUGAUCCGAAGAGCUGUCCGGGAUUAUCAAGAUAGAAAGGAGUUGGAGAUACCUCAGCUCGUAAGGAUUAUCCAAUGGAGUAAGCAAGACCCCGCCCUCAACCGUACCAACGGUGAAGUAUCGGGAAAGAAUGACUGGACGCCACAAGAUAUGGACAAUGCGCGGGAGAGUGCCGAGUUCUGGAACGACAUAAAAAACAUUACCACGAAACGUUCCUUUGACAGAAUGAGAAGACACAUCCGACAAACAUACCACAUGUUCAAGAGUGGAGCAUGGACGGAUGAAGAGGACCAGCUACUCAGGGAUCUGUACUCGCAACACCCAAACAAGUGGAAAGUGAUUGAAGUAGGUAUGGGCGAUCGAUCAAUGCACGACUGUCAAAACCGAUGGCGCGACUACUUGCAAUAUGGCGACAAGCUGAAAUCUUCACGCUGGGAGCCAGAAGAAGAAGAGCUCUUCAUCCGUGCCAUCACAACAGUUGCCCAGAGAGAUGAAGACUACCGCGCUGAACAAGGACUGCCGCCCGUGGAUGAAUAUACGAUCAAACACAUCAAUUGGCAACAAGUCAGUCGUGAGAUGGACAACACUCGAAGCCGGAUACAGGUCGUGGCGAAAUGGAAGAACCUACAGAAACGCAACCCUCCACCACACAUUCAGGUGGAGCACAAGCCGAGAAAGAACAAGUCCGCUCUUUCUGGACUUACUGCUUCCGACCCGACGCCUAGGAAACGUGGUCGACCACAGCAG